UGGUUUAAAUGGUGUCGUCCAGUUUGACUCUGCUGUCAUCAAAGAAGACGGAGCGAACUAAACUUGCCCGUAGGUUUCGGGGCUUCCUUCCUCGGGCCUCAUAUUGCAGAGCAAAGGCAAAGCCGAGUGGCUGCAAACUCUGCCCUAAAGGCGCUGUCCACGGCCUCCCAAAUGUAUUCUUCUCCCGAGCACCCGCCCCCUUUCUGGCCCACUUCUCCUGGGCAAGACUUCGGUGCCUGUAACUGUAGCUGCUAUUCCUCUAAACUGCGCUGCUAGUUUGGUACAUAGGAUGCUAAAAUGGUAGUCUAGGCAACGGUACUCAUUAAUGAGUGAAGAGUCAAAAGGCAGUGGCCAAGAAGCCAUGGAGAAUAAAAGUUUGGAAACUUCACCAUCAGACCUAAAAUUAGUGGCCCACCCAAGAGCAAAGAGUAAAGUCUGGAAGUACUUUGGCUUUGAUACCAAUGCAGAAGGAUGCAUAUUACAGUGGAAGAAAAUCUACUGCCGUAUUUGCAUGGCACAGAUUGCCUAUUCAGGAAAUACAUCCAACCUAUCUUACCAUCUUGAGAAGAAUCAUCCUGAUGAAUUCUGUGAAUUUGUGAAAAGCAACACGGAGCAAAUGCGGGAGGCCUUUGCAACUGCAUUUUCAAAACUCAAACCAGAAUCAUCUCAGCAGGUUGUUCAGGAGACUUUAAUUAUGAAGACAAGUCACAGCUAUGAGAACAAAAAGCAUCAGGAACUGACAUCUGCAGUGAUCAGCCUAAUAUGUGAGGGCUUAUAUCCUCCUUCUAUAGUGGAUGAACCCACCUUCAGGACUCUCCUGAAAACAGCUGACCCCAGAUACGAACUUCCUUGCAGGAAGUAUCUCUGCACAAAAGCAAUUCCUGAAAAGUACAGUGCUGUUAGAGACAUUGUACUAAAAGAACUCACUGAUAUCCCAUGGUGUGGCAUAUCCACUGACAUGUGGAGAAGUGAAAACCAGAAUAGAUCCUAUGUAACUCUGUCAGUUCAUUUUCUCUGCAAUGGUUCAUCCAACUGUCUUGCUGUUAAUUCCAGGUGCUUAAAAACAUUUGAAGUGCCAGAAGAAAACACCGCAGAGACUAUUACACGAGUCCUUUAUGAGAUAUUCAUUGAAUGGGGAAUUAAUACAAAAGUUUUUGGUGCUACAACAGAUUAUGGGAAGGACAUAGUGAAAGCUUGCUCUCUUCUGGAUAUUCUGGUGCAGAUGCCUUGCUUGGGGAAGACUUUUAAUGCAGGGGUCCAGCAAGCUUUUCAGCUUCCUAAGCUGUCCAUUCUCCUAUCCAGGUGUCGUAAACUGGUAGAAUAUUUCCAGCAAUCCUCAGGAGCCAUGCACAUGUUGAAUGAGAAACAGAGGCAGCAAAAAAGUGCACAGUGCAUGCUUGUGAGUGAUCGUGUUUCCUGGUGGGGGAGCACACUUGCUAUGUUGCAGCGUCUUAAAGAGCAGCAGUUUGCUAUUGCUGCUGUCCUUGUGGAGGACAGCAACAAUCAUCAUCUCAUGUUGGAAGCCAGUGAAUGGAAUACAAUUGAAGGCUUGGUUGAGCUGCUCCAACCAUUCAAGCAAGUUGCGGAGAUGCUGUCUGUUUCCAAAUACCCAAUUAUAAGUAUGGUGAAACCCCUCCUGCACAUGCUGGUCAAUACGACCUUAAAUAUCAAAGAAAAUGACUUGAAAGAAAUUAGCAUGGCUAAGGAAGUAAUAGCCAAAGAAAUAGCUACAACAUACCAGCACACACCUGAGAUAGAUAUGUUUCUUAAUGUUGCAACGUUUUUGGACCCAAGAUACAAGAAACUGCCCUUUCUUUCUGCAUUUGAAAGGCAGCAGGUUGAAAACAGAGUGGUAGAGGAAGCAAAAAGUAUCCUGGAAAAAAUAAAAGAGAACACGUUCAGGCCUGAAGAACAGUUUUUUGUGGUUUCUGAAGAGCCACCAUUGAAAAAAGUGGCUCUUGCUUCUCCGCCUCCCCCUACUAGUGCUAUUAAUAAUAUGCUUGCAGAAAUCUUCUGUCAGACAGGGGGUGUCGAAGACCAAGAAGAGUGGCAUGCACAAAUAAUUGAAGAACUGAGCAAUUUCAAGUCACAGAAAGUCCUUGGGCUAAAUGAGGAUCCAUUGAAGUGGUGGUCUGACAGACUAGCUUUAUUUCCUGUUUUACCAAAAGUACUUCAGAAGUACUGGUGCAUUGUGGCCUCAAGAGUCUUCCCAGAGCGUCUGUUUGGCUCUUCUGCCAAUGUUGUAAGUGCUAAAAGAAAUAGGUUGGCUCCAGCUCAUGUAGAUGAACAGAUUUUUUUGUAUGAGAAUUCUCGGAUUGGGUCUGAUGCAGAACCUGAAGAAGAAGAUGAAGGGGAAUGGGGCUUGGGACAAGAACAGAGUAUUAGUGAUGCCCCAAAUACAAACAACACUUUCUUUAAUGUGCGAGAUAGUGGUUUCAUAUGAAUUGAAGAUGUCUGGUGCACUUUAAGCAUCAAAAAGCUAAUUUGUCUUAAAUUACAAAAUAUAAUUUCUCAUGACAAGAAUACUGUAAAUACUGAAUGGAUGCCAUGUAGCUUUCCUCAUACUUACAUAUGUGUGUGUAUAUAUAUAAAUAAUGUUUGGCUCAUGUCUUAAAUCAUUACUGUGACCUUUGGCUCCAAAACACUAAGAUGGGCUUGAAAAUUGAUUCUCAUGAAACUCAGCUCAGUUUCUGCUAUCUACAGAAGGAAACAACUAAAAUAAUUGAAAUCAAAGGGUAACUUGUAAGCUAUGUACACAGUACUUUUUACCAUAUUGAGAGAUUCCCUAAAUGGGCAGACAACAGAUUGUUCUGAUUUGGUAGUAAAUCUAUUUGAAGUAGAAUUUUUAAAUUUUGAAAGCUUUCAUAAAAAGUUGUUCUCACAAUAUGUCAGAUCAUCAGGAAUUAAAAGAACUAAUUUUAAUAGAUUGCUUCACAUGUAACUUUCUCUGGCACAUUAAUGUUUGUGUUAGAAGCCAUAUGUGACUAUGCUCUCCCUUGUUCUCUCUCUUUUAAUUUUGUCCAGAUGGAUAUGGUAGGUUCUUGGUAUGUGCUUUCUAGGUCCCAUGCCCCUGAUAUCCUUUUGGAAAAUGAACAAAUGAAUCAGUGGUAAUAUUUGCUGUACCUGCACACAUAUUUAAUUUGGCCCAUAGUACUAGCUACCAUUCUACAAAUCGAGAUUUUUUUUUUGCAAGGAUAGAACACCUGUGCAGAUAUUUAUGGUUAAGCAAAAACAUAAUUAUUUGCUACACCCCUUACCCCAACGACAACUAUUUAGCAUACUACGUUGGCAAGGCCUAGAGUAUAUAAUUCUAUGGCUGUAGUGCAGCAUAGACUUCAGUAUUUUUAGAUGUGCUUAAACCCUUGAUCCUAGUUGUUUUAAGUGUGCUCAGCUCUGUGUGGUCUUCACUCUGUUUUUUCUUUCAGAAUAGGCAAAUAGGAGGUCUGAAAGUUCCAACUAAGUCUGUUUUGGACUUUUCUCCAAGGAGUAUUCUGGAAAUGAAAUAAAUUGUACUUUCAAAAU